AAUAUUUUUACAAUUAUUUUCUUUUAUGGAAUGUCAGAGUUUGCUGUCACAAAAUUUGUAUUUUGCGUAAAUCGCCGAAAAUUCCCAAGGGCCGUACCUUAAGUAGUUACAAAUUCUUUUCGUCGAGUGCGUGCCAGGACGAAAUCCAAUCUCCUGCAACCAGUUCCGGCCAAUCAUCCGGCCUGCCACCUGUGCGACACACUUCAUUCGAUUGCCGAAAUUGUCGAAGGCUUAGAUUGAUGCCCGACGGCUUGCCGAAAAUUCUGCAAAACCUUUUCAAAAUUCAAGUCUCUAGAGGGAUUUCAGAUCCACGUCGCUUCAGAUCCGCACUCACAUCCCAAAAUGACGCUGCUAACCUAUCCGCCAUCCUUGGGGUUAAGUCGUCCCAAAAGUAGUGCCCAUUCGCGCACAAAUCACUCCACGAAGCGGAUCAGUUGGCGGCGAUUGAUGUCGGUGCUGCCCAGCUCGAUUGUCCUGCCGCUGGGAUGUGCCCCACUGGCGAAAGCACCACUCGACUUGAAGAGCCUCUAUUUGGUCCAGAGACGCCUCCAAGAAGACCUGCUGGGCUGCGAGGCUCUCUGGAUCAUGUUUGUGGCUGCCGCUCUAAGCUAUCGCUACAAGUCACGCCUGCGGCCGUUUCCGAGGAGUUGCCUGAGCAUCGAUCAUCUCUGCCAUGUCCUGGCUGAUGUGCCCAGGCUGGAGAUGCUUCACCAGCAGUUCCUGCUCUCCGACUACCAGUCCUGUACGCCGAAUGUGGUGCGCCUGCUGUCGGAUGUCUUGGUGGAUCAGGCCGAUCGGGUGUCCUUGACCUCACUGCGUCCCAGUGAAUUCGAGGACUUGUAUAAUCACCUGGGAAUGCCCCCACCGGACCGCACCCCCACCCAAAUCUUCGAGGUGCGAAGCGGGCAAAAGAAUCGACGGGCUGCCACCUAUAACCUAUUGAGCAAACAGAACAAGGACUCGGUCAGACUGGGGUUCUGUGGCUGCCAGCUGGAGAAGCUGUACGCCCUGCUGAACGGUGAGAGCCUCCCGGAGGGUAAGUACCUGGAGCUGACCAGCGAUGUGAACGAGGCCCUGGCCCGGAGCAAACCCCAGGCCGGAGUGGGCGGCUCCAAGUGUGGUUCCAUACUCCGGUGUGUGGCUGUUGUGGAGUUUGUGUUCCAAGGCAACGCCACAAGUCCGGACAAAAAACAUGUCAUUGUGAGUGAUGCGGAUACCAUGCAGGUCUCCUACCUGAUGAUCUAUGGCCAGACCUGUGAGGAGCACGAGGCCGAGAUGGAACUGAUGACCCAGCCGGGUCGAAAGCUAAUCAAUUGGAUUGGCAGCUUCGAACAGGAUGCCCUAUCCCUGGGCGUCGGCCUGCUGAUAGUCUCCUCGAUGGCACAUUUCGGCAGCAGUUUCUUUCGACUUUUUGCCCGCACUGGGUUUCACAUCCUGAAGCGAGGAUUGCUGUGACAACUAUUAUUUGCCGGCCAUGUCCAUGUCGGUGUCAGUGUCCGGAGUCCGUGCCCAUGUCCUGUGACCUUCGACUGUCAAAAGGGAUUUUUAUUACCGACUUUAGUCUGUUGAUAUCACAAACUAAAGUCGACAAAAAAAAAAUCCUUUUGCCAGUUACUGGCAUACAGGCAUCAAGUUAUGUGCGAAAUGAAAUCGAUCUGUGUUGAAAACAUUUUA